AUGGCCCACCCCUCCAACCCGCCCACCACCGCCACCCCCCUCGACAUAACCCACUACCCCACCGCGGGCUUCUGCCGGGGCGGCGGCGGCGGCGGCGGCGGCUUCUUCCCGCUCGCGCGGCACCGGCACGAGCCGCUCGCCAACGCGGGCUGCCUGGCGGCGCGGCGCGACUGGGCGCGCCACACGGGCCUGCCGGCGGGCGAGUUCGGCGCGUGCAACCCGCGGAACGGCAACUUUGUGGCGCUGCUGUUCCCGCUGUGUAGGGUGGAGCGGCUGUGGGUGGUGGGGUAUGUUACGGAGUAUUCGUUUCUGCAUGAUAGCGUGGUUGAGGGGUUGGGUGAGGAGAGUUCAGCUCAAAGGGACAAGUUUGGUCUCGGGGAACUAGAAACCGCGAGGCCCACUCUCAAGGCUGGGAGGAAACAGAUACAGGCCAAAAUAGUGUCCCUGUUGUCCGAGACGGACAAGGCGGGUGCCGCGAGGGUCAUGGACGUCUGGAAGACCAUGCUCUCGAGGACGCUCCGAGACAAGACCAAGGAUUUCGCAAACUUGGAAGAGUACAUCGAGUUUCGCAGCAUCGACACGGGCGGAGCGUUCGGCGAAGCCCUCAUGUUGUUCGGCCUGGGCCUGACCCUGACCCGGGAGGAAGACGCCCUGCUCGCAAACGUCACCCAGCCGUGCUACGCCUGCUUUGCCCUGGCCAACGACUACUUCUCGUUCGAUCGCGAAUGGGCGGAAACGCAAGCCAACCCGCGGGCUUCCAAGCCCAUCAACGCCGUGUGGCUGUACAUGCGGUGGCGGGGGGUCAGCGCGGCCGUCGCAAAGCGGCUCGUGGCGAAGGCCUCGAACCGGUACGAGGCACGGUUCCUUGAGCUCUGUGAGCGGUUCAGACGGGAGCAUAAGCCGAUCUCUCCCAAGUUGGACCUGUACCUGCGGGGGCUGUCGUACCAGGUCAGCGGCAAUGUGGUUUGGAGCCUCAACUGCCCGCGCUACUACCCUGAGUUCCGGUACGAUCCGAAUGCGGGCCUCGAGGAUUCCAUCACGUCUGAGCUGCGGGGGAAGAAACUCGUUGCUAGCGAGGGCGACGCGCAAGCCGAGUAG